AUGAACCCUCAGGCGCUCCGCCUAAAGGAAGAGGGCAACGCCCUCUUCGCCAAGCGUAACUACGCUGGCGCAGAGAGCUGCUACUCCCAAGCUCUCGUCAUCGAUCCCGCAAUGACCUCCCUCUACACCAACCGCGCCAUGUGCCGUUUCAACAUGAAGGAGUACAACGGCGUCAUCGCCGACUGCGACGUCUGCCUCAGCCUGGACGGCGAGAACAUCAAGGCCAACUACUUCAAGUCCAAGGCCCUGGCCGAACUCGGCGACACCGAGACCGCCAACACCCACGCCCAGCGCGCCUACGACAUCUGCCGGAAGACCGACGACCGUAAAAGCCUCGACAUGACGCACACCUGGGUGCUCAACUGCAGGAGCGAGUGGUGGCGGGUUCGCGAGAGGCGCCGCAAGCGCGAGGCGCAGGACCUCGAGCGGGAGAUCCUAGAGCUGCUGGCCAAGGAUCGCGACGAGACCCUCGGCAGCGUCCCCGAGGACGACGAGCUCGAGAGGAAGGCAAUCUGGGAGGAGAGCGAGAAGAAGGCCCUGCAGCUAAGGAGCAUCUUCGAGAGGGCGCGGAAAGAUGAUGACAGGGAGCGCGAGGUCCCGCCGUGGUUGGUCGACGACAUAUCUUUUAACGUAAUGGUCGACCCUGUAAUCACGAGCUCAGGACGCUCAUACGAUCGAGCGGCCAUUCAGGCUGCCAUCCACGCCAAUGCUGUCGACCCCGUAACCCGCGAGCCACUCACCAAGGAGGAGCUGCGACCCAAUAUCGUGCUAAGACAGGCCUGCGACUGGUUCCUCGAGAACAACGGCUGGGCAUACGAUUGGUGA